AUGGUGAAGUCGUACCUCCGGUACGAGCCGGCGGCUUCUUUCGGUGUGAUAGUAUCGGUGGAUUCGAACAUCGUAUACGACUGCUCCGGCAAGCACCUACUUGCUCCGGCGCUGGAGAAUGUUGGGGUGUGGCACGUACGUCAGGGCGUCUGCACUAAAACCCUAACCCCUUCUAUUGCCUCUCGUGGGCCCACUCUCGCCGUCACCUCCAUCGCCACCUCUCCUUCAUCUCUGAUAGCUUGUGGGUAUGCUGAUGGUAGCAUAAGAAUUUGGGAUUGUGAGAAAGGUACAUGUGAAACCACGUUGAAUGGACAUAAAGGGGCUGUGACCACCCUUAGGUACGAUAACCUUGGAUCUUUGCUUGCUUCUGGAAGUAAAGAAAACGAUAUUAUCUUAUGGGAUGUGAUUGGUGAGGCAGGGCUUUUUCGUCUUCGUGGCCACCGUGACCAGGUAACUGACAUUGUUUUCUUGGAUGCUGGCAAAAAACUAGUUAGUUCCUCCAAGGACAAGUUUUUGAGGGUUUGGGAUCUUGAAACCCAACACUGUGUGCAAAUUAUUAGUGGCCAUCAUAGUGAAAUAUGGUCCAUAGAUACUGACUCUAAUGAGAGAUAUCUGGUCACUGGGUCGGCAGACCCAGAGCUUCGGUUUUACACAAUAAAGCAUGAUUUGGUGCACGGGCAAUUGGUAUCUAGCGUUAAUGGACCUGAUGCUGUGACCAAUUCAGACUUGUCCACUCAAAACAAAUGGGAAGUCUUGAAACUGUUUGGUGAAAUUCAGCGACAGAGCAAGGAUAGAGUUGCAACUGUGAGGUUCAAUAAGUCUGGAAAUUUGUUAGCUUGUCAAGUUGCAGGGAGGACAGUAGAUAUAUUCCGGGUACUGGAUGAGGCUGAAUCCAAGCGUAAAGCGAAAAGGAGAAUUAAUAGGAAGAAGGAAAAGAAAUCUUCAAAAGAAGUGGUUGAGGUAAUUGAUAAUGGAGUUGCAAACCAUGGAGUUGAAGAAGAAGGCGCCGCUACCAGUGUUACAGUCCCUGAUGUUUUUAAGCUUCUUCAGACUAUCCGAGCUAGCAAGAAGAUAUGCUCUAUUUCCUUCUGUCCAAUCACUCCAAAGAGCUCCAUCGCCACUUUAGCAUUGUCCUUAAACAAUAAUAUACUGGAAACUUAUGCAAUUGAUAGUAGUUCGUUCUCAAAAACUGUUGCUAUUGAGCUCCAGGGUCAUCAUUCGGAUGUGAGGAGUGUUACACUUAGUUCAGAUAACACUCUUUUAAUGUCAACUAGUCACAGUGCAGUAAAGAUAUGGAAUCCAAGUUCUGGUUCUUGCCUCCGAACUAUUGAUUCGGGAUAUGGAUUGUGUGGUUUAUUUGUUCCUGGUAACAAGUAUGCUGUGGUUGGUACAAAAGGUGGGAUGCUAGAAAUUAUUGAUGUUCAUAGUGGGACUUGUGUGGAAGUAGUUGAAGCUCAUGGUGGCUCUGUUCAAUCAAUCGUGACAACUCCAGAUGGAAGCGGUUUCGUCACUGGCAGCACGGAUCAUGAUGUUAAGUUCUGGGAGUAUCAAACUACACAAAAAACUGGUCAAGAUUCUAAGCACCUAACAGUGUCUCAUGUGAGGAAUCUGAAAAUGAAUGAUGAUGUUCUUGUGGUUGCUGUGAGCCCUGAUUAUAAACAUAUUGCUGUUGCCCUGUUGGAUUGCACAGUGAAGGGAAGCAAAAUGAGGUCCCUAUGUUUCUGUCUGUGGAUUGAACCUUAUGAUCCAACGUAA